GAGAGCUUAAGAUCUAAAUAUAAUGAGUACAAGGACAAGAAGGAUCAAAGCAUCUGAGCUGUCCAAACAGAGGAGGCUAACUUUGAUCCUUCUCACCUACCUCCUGCUCAUCCUGAGAGGAGAGAAGGGAGAAAGGUUGAUAAUUCAAAAAUAUUUAUCCGAAAAAGAACACUUUUAGUUAAGCUAAAUUCUGAAAAAUAAUGCAAGUUUCUCUAUAUAAUACAUUCAGAUUAAUGCAGCUGUGAGAGAGGACUCUAUUAAGGAUGUUGAGAACUCAAAUACAAAGGGCUUUAAGGAACUCCAGGAUAUACUAAGAACCUUAGCCCCUGACAAGGAUAUCUCAGGAUUUAGAUUGUUCAAGACGGAUCAUAAUAUCUAUCGAAAUGAAGAUUAUAGUUCUAACGGUACUGUUUCUGAUUCACGUACGAAGAGAGAAUCUGAGAAGAUUAGAAGAAAUAGAGAACAAAAAUACUUUCUCAAACAUCACAAUAGCAGUUCAAGCUUUUCAGACUACCUAGAUGCAACUCAUAAUGAAUAUGAAUCAAGAUCAACAAAAUCAAAAGGAGAGAGUUUCUCUGUAAUGGGGACAAGGACUAAGUUUUGAAAUAAGAAUGAACUCAAGACUAAUUUGAAGGCAUCAAAAGCUCAGAUAUAUAAGCAUAGCAGGAAUUCUAAGAACAAGAUUAGUGCUUACAUCAGAAAUUCUCCACAUAAGCUUAACACAGACUUGAAACGUGAUCUUCACUACACAAAGGCAAACCUCAAAUCAAACUUCUACUUAUCAAAAGGUGAUGAUCCAAAAGACCAAAGCAAGACAAUCCUUGUACCUACAAUCCCUCUCCAAAUCCAAGCUAAAAUUACCAACCUCAAAACCAAGCCUCGUUCUAUACCUCGUGUGAACCUUGGAAUUAGAAAAUCAGCAAAUUGUCUCAACAAGACCUUCUAUCACAAAUUUCCAAAAUCAUCCAGUUUGAAUAUGCUAAAAUAGCACCCAGUUCAAAAAGAUACAGCCUUUGCCGAUCUUCACGAACAAAGUAAUCUCAAGGGAGAAGGAUCUUCCUAGAACUCGCUAUCCAAGAAAACAUUUUCGCUCCAUGAGUUAUAGCAAUGAGGACCCUGUUAGAGCCUCACAGAAUAGCCACUAUAAAGCUGCAUGGAAGACCAAAAGAGCUGAGGAUGAUUAUGGAGGUUUUACUGAUUUUCAUGAAUACAUGAAAUAUAUUGUCAAAAAGGAGAACAGGAAAGUCCAUAUCCCUGUGAAAAUUAAACAAUAAGAAACUCCAUGAUCUUCUGUU